GAGAAGGACAAUGUGGUGGCUUUGGAUGGUAGCCUUGUGUCCUCUGACAGGAUCCUUCAGAGAAGGAAAAGCUGAGGAAGCAAUUGGAACUCUGGGAGGAUCUGUAACUUUCCAUCUGAAGACUUCGAAAGAAUUCACAUCAAUCACCUGGCUUAGAACGGUCCCAGAUAAUCCUGUUCAUUUUGCUUCUCUGGAUCUGGAAGCAGGCCGGCCCUGUCACAUCAAGGUUAUCCUCCCAAAAUUUGAAAGGCGAUUGAAUGUCUCAAGGGACUGCAAGAACUUACAAAUCAGUAACCUAACUCAAGAUGACCCUGCAACAUACAGAGCACAAAUAGGGGAAGAUGGUGAGACCUUCAGGCUGAAGGUGUACAAACAUCUGUUGGAAAGUGAUCUGGAAGCCCAAUGUGAAAAUGGCUCACUCGGUGGUGGGAACUACACCUUGCAGCUGAACUGCUCUGCAGGGAAGUGGGGAGAUGGAGUGACUUACACCUGGACCUCAACUGGCAAAACUAUAGAGAGCUCCUCUCAAGUUGUCCUGAGCGAUUUUCAAGAGAGUGACACAAACUACACCUGCAUAGCAAAGAAUCCUGUAAGCAGUGCCUCCAAGACAAUCUCCAUAAAGCAGGCCUGUGAAGGUACCAUGGAGUUCCCUGAUGUUCACACUUCAUAUGGGCCGCUUACUGGAAUUACAAUUGCAGCACUGAUUAUUGUGAAAGUGAUUAUUAACAUUAUUUCUGUGAGGUACUUUUCCAGCACCAAGCAAAGAAACACCCCAGAGAAGCUGGAUGAGAAUGUAGGAGCAGGAACAAAAGAUGAGAGAGCGGCACCAGACAAGUUCUAACGUCUUCUAAGCCCAUUUUCUUGCACCUACCAAGUUUCCUUAUUACUGCUCUUUGGAAGACCCAUUCUGGUCCAGUAAUCUCUAUAUAAGAAUACGUUCUGGCAAAACUGAAACUUGAGGUCCAGCGCCAGAAAUGCAUCUUUGCUGAUUCUCAUGAUCAGAUGAACUUGGACUGUGUAACUUAACUGAUUUGAAAACUGUGUAACUUAAACUGAUUUGAAAACUUCCAAGACUGAUUGCAGUUGAGACAUACAAAACUGAUUCCAUAAGUUUUCCUUUGAUUUUACUAUAUGCUUGUGUAAUAUCUCUACUUUGUAAUGUUUGUUGGCACCUUCUUUGUCAAAGGUUGACGACAACCCAGAAACUCCCUUGGGUUUUGGAAUGCAGAGACUUUAUUAUUAUUGGCAGCAAGGCAAAGUAUGCAUAUUACAGUGUUUUCAGCAGCUAGAGAACUUGUGUAGUUUCCCUGUAGCUGCUGUGGUUGCAUCUUGCAAGUGGCAACAGGGUUUCCACACAGCAGGUUUCUAUGGUAGUUUUUUUUUUAAAAAAAAUCAGUGAUUUAAGAGAGUUAUAUAUUGAUAUACAGUGUUAUACGAAAAUAAAAUUUCUAGCCUUCAUUUUUUAAAAAUGAGUCCAUUGUAGAGACAUCCCCUCCUCAUAUACCCCCACAGGGAAAGGGGCUAGAGACUUAGGGGAAAAAAUGAAAGGUGGGAAUUCAGAGAACUGGAUAGGACGGAGCACAGAGAAAGUUUUCAUUAUAAUUUCUGGUCCUGACUUGGGAGGGGGAUUUUUACCAUUAUUGUUUAUUUCCAGGUACAAUAUUACUGGUUCAAGAGUCAAAUCUGAGCUCCCUCCUUAGGGACCAUUACUUUCAACAGGAAAUCUAACGCUGUUUAUAAAGCUGUUUAUAAAGAUAAUCCUACCAAAUUUGCACAGAAAACAGUCCUCCCUCUAACAGAAAGACCUUCUAAAUUUCAAGCAGAUUGAACAAUGGAGGGGGGGAGGGGGUCAAGUUUACAGACUCCCAAAGUAGGUUCCUCUCUGCACAGCCGCACUUAUUGCUACUGAUUUCUAAAAUGGCCUAGCAGGAGAGCUCCCCACAGGGCAUAGGUGUAACCCCCUUUCAGACUGAAUUCAUUACAGUUUCCUAUCUUACAGUGACUGUGUGUGUGUUAUGUGCUGGCAAGUCACUUCUGAUUUAUGGUGACCCUAUGAAUGAGAGACUUCCAAAGCAUCUUAUCAUUAACAGACUUGCUCAGAUCUUGCAUACUAGAGGACAUGACUUCUUUUAUUGAGAAGCCAUCUCGGUUUAGGUCUUCCUCUUUUCCUACUGUCUUCCGCUUUUCCUAGCAUUACUGUCUUUUCCACUAAGUCCUGUCUUCUUGUAAUGUGACAAAAGUACAAUAUCUUCAGUUUUCUCAGUUUAGCUUCUAGGGAGAAUUUAGGCUUGAUUUGAUCUAGAACCUACUUAUUUGUCUUUUUGGCCAUCAGAAUAUCAAUGUUUAAAUAUAGAAAUAUUAUUUACAAUAUUUAUACUCCAGCUUUCCUUUCAUCUCAGGUUUGAAACCUUUCUCCAAUCUAAAGAGUUUUUUUUUCAAACUUAAGCAGCUCUUCUGCUGGAGCCACAACUUGGGGAAAGGCUACUUGGAGGAUAGUUGGAUUCAUCCCAUUGUGUUUUUUUAAUAUUUGUAACUAAAUGGCGUGUUUUGGAUAUUUUUAUGUGCUAACUGUUUUGAAUCCCCAGUGUGAGAGGAAAGCCGGGUAUACGUGGCAAAUAAAUAAAUUAAAAUGUUCACUGUAAAGUAGCAAGCAUAACUUUCUGUCUUCCUGUCUUCUUAACUGAAAAGUGGAAUAUAUAUUUAAAGACCAACGCAACAAUUUCCUCUGCGACCUAUCUGCAAUUCGAGGAAUAACUAUACUAUUGGAGCCACAAUAUAUAUUUGU